AUGGUGAACUUUGGCCCUGUAUACAGCCAGGCCACGACUAUAUCAGUGCUUCCAAAUAACAAGAAACGUAUGGUAGACGGCUACGACAAAGAAUCCCACCACGGAUCCGGCAGCAUGGUCUUGCUCACUCCUCCCGCAUCUCCCAACACAGACGCAGCUCGCGGACGAGCAGAUCCCUUCAACUGCUAUAACAAUGUCGAAUGGCAGCCCUGGUUCGAUAAGAUCCUACACCACGUGGUUAAUAUAUACGCGCCGCGCGGCUGGCCCGCUUUGAAAGUGACACGCGAACAAGGAAUGAAAUGGGAAUGGUUCCUCACGCAAAAAGCCCUCGCGGAGCCAGCGCUCUUUUACGUUCGUCUGCUUUUCGGUUCUGGCGACUUGAUUGUUCAAGGAGGUCUACCUGCUAAAACGAGACUUUGGCUACGAGCACAAGCCAUCAAGCACAUUAACGAAGCUUUGGGAGAUCCUCGACGCGCUUGCUCAGACGCCCUCAUCCUUGCUGUUGGCAGAAUCGCUUUACACGAGCAUAUGUAUGGUGAUCGAGAGGCGAGUGUGGCUAUUCAUCGCCCGGCUCAGAGGAGAAUGGUGGAGAUGAGGGGUGGCAUGAAAGCACUUGAAUUUCCGGAAGUUGUGAAGCGGGCGAUGAAGUGGAGUGAUCAUAUCAUGGCCGUUGGGACGCAUACGGAGGAGAUGCUGAAUGAAGAAGGGAAGGAACAGGAGGUGACGGUGAAGGAGAGUAUCAAGGCGAUUGAAAGUUAUGCGCCGUAUUUGAUGCCCAGAGUACGGACACAAAUCCGGGUGGACGAACUUCUUAACGAGGAUUGA